UAGGCCUCAUCAGGUCUAAGCUCUUUGGAUUUGCUCCGUUUAGGGCUUGCUGAAUAUCAUGAAUCUCUAAGUUUAUGUUUUUGUCAAAUCUGGGAUCUUUUCUGCUUUCAGUAAGAACUCUUUUCUCCAAAAUAAAAUUUUCUUUUCUUUAUAUAACACCUAUAAUGUGAAAUUUGGAUAGUUUGAUACUGUCCCACAAGUUUCUAAGGAUGUAUUCAUUUUUCCAAUGUUUUUUCCUCUCUUUUCAAAAUUUUUAGAAAAUUUUAUGUAUAAUAAUGAUUGUUAUAAAGGUACUAUAAUUUGAUAAUUCUAAGUUAUUAAAUAAGGUCUUAAGUAACAUAGAAGGCCUUUUGUUUUUCACAGGUAUAUUAAUUGAAUAGUAACACUUUAUGUAGAAUUGAGUUCAAUAUCCUCAUUUUAGGAGUGAUAAGUUACAUGACUUUCCUAUGGUCACAUAUUCUUGGAAGAAUUGUAAUUGAAGCCCUCUUCCAGAGAACUAACUUCCAGAGCAGAGAGAUUGGUAAAAGUGUAGAAUAUGGGACAGCCUUGGAAAUGUGUUAGAAAAGGAAUAUAAACCAAUAAUUUGAGUUUUUACUGCAUUGUAGUAUUAAUUUAGGAAGGUGCAAAAGAUAUAUAAAUGUGUUUUAUGUAGUUAGAAGUUUAAUAACAAGCAUUAUAAUUGAUUCAGUUGACUUUACUAAAAAUGAGACAGGCUUAAAAAUUCUCUUUAAUUAAAAAAAAGUUUUGGAAUUAAAACCAUUUAAAAAUUUAAAAAAUAUGCUUUGGUCAUGGAAAGAACUGGCUAGAGCUUUAUUUUCCCUUAUGAGUUUAAUGAAAUCAAUUUUGGAGUUUUUCAUUUUAAUUGGUAAAUUUAAGGAAGUCAUGAUAACUAACAUUUAAUGUACUGCUUACUGUUCCUGAGUACUAGUCUAUACUUAACAUUUAUUAACUCAUUUUACCCUCACAGCUACUCUAGGAGGUAGGUUAUUUCUUUCAUUUUAUAGAUUUGGAAAAUGAGGUGACCCAAGUUCAUAGUUGGUAAAUAAUUGUUGCCAGGAUUCCUAUCUAGGCCAUGUCAUUCUAGAACCAGGUUGUGAAGCCUCUCAUUUAUGGCAGCCAUUUUUGAGAUUUGGUAAUCUGAUGCAAAGGAACUGAUAUCAGAACUACCAGGGAAUUCUGCAGUGUAUCUGCUUAUGUAAUGAAGCAGAUUUGAUAAAGCCAUAUUUUAAUGUGCAUCAGGUUAUGGAGGAAACAGUUAUCUUUCUAUGUUAAAUUCAUUAUUUUCUCCCAUUGCAUUUUUCUUAGGAAUGUCUGUGUUAGAAUUGAUUAAACGCUGCCAUGUGGUAUCUGAAAGGAAAAUAAAUCUUACUGAAUUAAAUCUAUUGUCUAUUUUCUUGUAUUUGAAAGUCAUUAAUAGAUGGGAAUCUUCCUGUUGUUAGAAACAUAUUAUGGGUACAUUUUGAGUUGUUGGGCAUGUUUUUAAUGGUCUUACUAUAUUAUCUCUUUUGCUAAUGAGCUUAUUGCAUCAGAGUUAGAUAAAUCUUUAAGUACUGAUACAGAAAGCCUUCAAGUACAUAAAGAUUGAUCUAAUUUUUAGAAGUGUAUGUAUAGUAUGUACUUAAAUACUAUGUAUAGUGGGAAUCUUUUUUUUUUAAAGCAGCACAGGUGAUUGUGACUCCUGCACUAGUAGGCAACACUUCUUUUCAGUGAAGUUCCAGGUCUAAGGUAAUUUUAUAUAUGUCAGAAAAUGAUGUUAUACUAAUUAUUCUUAGCAAUGUUUGCUUUUCCUUUUUUCUUAUUUCUCUGCAAUUGUUUAUGUCAACGUGGCUUCAUUCAUACCGAUUUACCAAGGAUUGGGAGAGCAGUAUAAAAUUAGAAUCAGACAGCUGAUUGCCCUGCAGGAUGUCAUCAACUAACCCUUCAGACAGCCUGAAGGACCCUGAAAUUGCAGAACUCUUCUUCAAAGAAGAUCCAGAAAAGCUCUUCACAGAUCUCAGAGAAGUUGGCCAGGGAGGCUUUGGAACAGUGUAUUUUGCACGAGAUGUGCACACCUGUGAAGUGGUGGCUAUCAAGAAACUAUCUUAUAGUGGAAAUCGGUCUGUGGAGAAAUGGCAGGGUAUUAUUAAAGAACUCAGGUUUCUACAGAUAGUAAAACAUCCCAACAUUAUAGAAUACAAAGGCUGCUAUUUACAUGAGCACCCAGCAUGGCUUGUAAUGGAAUAUUGUUUAGAAUCUGUUUCAGAUUUGAUGGAAGUUCACGAAAAGCCAUUACAAGGAAUGGAAAUAGCAGCAAUUACACAUGGUGCUCUCCAGGGCUUAGCCUACUUACAUUCUCAUGCCAUGAUCCAUAGAGACAUCAAAGCAGGAAAUAUCCUUCUGACAGAACGAGGCCAGGUGAAACUUGCUGACUUUGGACUGGCUUCCAUGGCCUCUCCUGCCAACUCUUGUGUGGGAAUGCUGCAUUGGAUGGCCCCAGAAGUAAUUUUAGCCAAUGUUGACAACCAGUAUGAUUGCAAAGUAGAUGUAUGGUCUCUUGGAAUAACAUGUAUUGAACUAGCGGAAAGGGAGCCUCCUUUAUGUGAAAUGAGACUAAGUGCCUUCUGGCCCAUAGUCGAAAAUGAAUCCCCUACACUACAGUCUAAUGAAUGGUCUGAUUGUUUUUGCAAGUUUGUAGAUUCUUGCCUCCAGAAAAUCCCUCAAGAUCGCCCUACAUCAAAGGAACUUUUAAAGCACACAUUUGUUCUUCGGGAGCACCCUACAACAGUGUUAAUAGAUCUCAUUCAAAGGGCAAAGGAUGCAGAAAGAGAGCUGGACAAUCUGCAGUAUCAAAUGAAGAAGGUCCAUUCCCAGGAGGCACAUAAUGGACCAGCAGUAGAAGCACAGGAAGAAGAAGAGGAACUAGAUUACAGUGUUGGAUGGAAAGGGACAGUGAAUAGUGUUGAAAGUCAUCAGGCUGUUCCCAGUAUGUCCAGCGGGGCCAGUAGUCAAAGCACUAGUGUCAGCUGUCUUCCAGAUGCCUCAGAUGAUGAGAGAGAGCAAGACAUGAUGGAGGGAAACCACCCAGUCAUGCCUAGUAGUUCUGUCAUCGAUUUAAAACCUGUUACAAGGCAAAUGCCAGAACACGAGCACAAAACUCAGCUCAGAGAACAAAUGUCUGGCUGUAAGAGAAUGACGCAGCAACAUCAAAAACAGCUGGUGAAUCUGGAAAAUAAGCUAAAGGCUGAGAUGGAUGAGCAUCGCCUCAGAUUAGAGAAAGAUCUGGAAACUCAGCAUAACAACUUUGCUGCAAAAAUGAAGAAACUUAUCAAGAAACAUCAGGCUGCUAUGGAAAAAGAGGCUAAAGUGAUGGCCAAUGAGGAGAAAAAAUUUCAUAAACGUAUUCAGGCCCAACAGAAGAAAGAACUGAAUAGCUUUUUGAAGUCUCAGAAGAGAGAAUAUAAACUUCGAAAGAAACAGCUUAAGGAGGAGCUGCAUGUAAACCAGAGCACCCCAAAUAAAGGAAAACAGGAAUGGCUUUCAAAGCAGAAAGAUAAUAUACAGCAUUUCCAAGCAGAGGAAACGACUAAUCUUUUUCAACGUCAGGGACAGUACAUAGAGCUGCAGUGCCAUCGCUUCAAAAGAGAAAUGUUACUUGGGCACUAUAACUUGGAGCAGGACCUUGUCAGGGAGGAGUUAAAUAAGAGGCAGUCUCAAAAGGACUUAGAGCAUGCAAUGUUACUGCGACAGCACAAAUCCAUGCAAGAACUGGAGUUCCACCACCUCAACACAGUGCAGAAGAUGCGCCGUGAGUUGAUGAGACUGCAGCAUCAAACCGAGCUCACUAACCAGCUGGAGCGUAAUAAACGGAGAGAGCGAGAACUAAGGCGAAAGCAUGUCCUGGAGGUUCAACAGCAGUCUAAGAGUCUGAAGCCACGUUUGGAUGAAGCACAGAAGGCAGAGUGCCAGGCUUUGAAAAUGCAGCUGCAGCAGGAAGUGGAACUAUUGAAUACAUAUCAGAGGAAAAUUAAGAUGCAGGCUGAGGCACAACAUGAUCAAGAGCUUCAGGAGCUUGAACAGAGGGUCUCCCUCCACAGGGCACUCUUACAACAAAAGAUUAAAGAAGAGGUAUUGACAUUGCAGAAUGAAUGCACUGAAUGGAUACGAAGCCUGCUGGAGUGUCAAGCAAGAGAAAUGGAAGCUUUCAACUGUGACAGCAUGAGACUAGGUUCUACUAACGUGGUCCUUUCUAACCUUGCCCCUGAGGCAUUCAGCCACAGCUCCCCUGGAGCUUCUGGGUGGCCUCACCAUCCUACUGGGGGUCCAGGACAUCACCGGGGGCAUCCCAUAGGUGGCCCACCACAAGCCUGGGGCCAUCCAAUGCAAGGUGGGCCCAGCCAAGGGGGUCACCCUUCUGGGCCAAUGCAAGGGAUACCCUGAGGAAGCAGUAUGGGAGUUCGCAGUAGCCCUCAGGUUCUGAGGCAGACAGCUGCUGGGGGAUGGAUGGAACAGGGCAUGAACAGAAGCACAAGUGUCACUUCACAAAUAUCCAGUGGGUCACACAUCUUCCACGUAACUUAAUAACUGAGAAUGACAAUUCCACUGGAGCUGUCCGCCACAAGAAACCGCUUACAGACAUCAUCCCAGCAGCCACCUCACUUGGUUACUACCGUGCAGAAGCUGAGGGAAUAUUGUAUAUUUUAUUCAUUUUUGUGAAGCGUUCUGUUUUGUGUUUACUAAUUGGGAUGUCAUAGUAUAGUACUUAGCUGUGGGGUUUGUGUUUUGUUUUGUUUUUAACUUCUGGGGAAAUUUUACAAAAAGGAAUUGUGUACAUGUGUUUAUCAAAUACGCACACACACACAUAAUGCACGUGGUAAAAAGAAACUGCCUAGAUAGGGGGUAUUUUCUGAAAACCGCAAUAACAGAAUUCAGCGAAGUGGCUUGAGUCAUCAUUUUUGGGCAACUCUAUCCUAAGAAAUUUGUGAAAAGAUCUAAAGCCUUUCUCUGUAUACCCCAGGUUCUUAUGAGUCACUCACAGCAGGCAGCAUAUGCUAAAACAAGUUAUUAUGGAAAUACACCUGUAUCCCCUCACCAAUGUAUUUUGUUUAUUAAAGAAAUGUAUUUU